AUGUCCUCCUCCCAGCAGCUCGACGAGCUGCCCGCGCCCGACACGAGGGCUCCCGAGGAGAAAAAGGCGGUGGCGGCCAAGUCGGGCCUCGUGUCCCAGCUGCGCUCCCUCGCCGCCGGUGGAUUUGGCGGCAUCUGCGCCGUCAUCGUCGGUCACCCGUUCGACCUCGUCAAGGUCCGACUGCAGACGGCCGAGCGCGGCGUUUACUCAUCGGCCGUCGACGUCGUCCGCAAGAGCAUUGCCCGCGACGGCCUUCGGAGGGGCCUCUACGCCGGCGUCAGCGCGCCCCUCGUCGGCGUCACGCCCAUGUUCGCCGUCUCCUUCUGGGGCUACGACCUCGGCAAGCAAAUCGUCGGCUCCAUCUCCCCCGCGGCCCCCGGCGCCGGCCUAUCCAUCGCCCAGAUCUCGGCCGCCGGCUUCCUCUCCGCCAUUCCCAUGACGGCCAUCACGGCGCCCUUUGAGCGCGUCAAGGUCAUCCUCCAAGUUCAGGGCCAGAAGGCGCUCGCGCCGGGAGAGAAGCCCAAGUACAGCGGCGCCCGAGACGUCGUCCGCCAGCUCUACCGGGAGGGCGGCCUUCGCAGCGUCUUCCGCGGCAGCGCCGCCACCCUCGCCCGCGACGGGCCCGGCUCCGCCGCCUACUUCGCCGCCUACGAAUACAUCAAGCGCUCCUUGAGCCCCCGCGACCCCGUCACCGGGAAGCCCACCGGCGCCUUGAGCCUUACCGCCAUCACCUGCGCCGGUGCCGCCGCCGGCGUCGCCAUGUGGAUCCCCGUCUUCCCCGUCGACACCGUCAAGUCGAGGCUGCAGACGGCCGAGGGCAACGUAACCAUCGGCGGCGUCGUCCGCGAGCUCUACGGCAAGGGAGGCUUCAAGGCCUUCUUCCCGGGCUUUGGCCCUGCCCUGACGAGGGCUGUGCCCGCCAACGCCGCCACCUUCUUGGGUGUCGAGCUGGCGCACCAGGCCAUGACAAAGAUGUUCGGACCGGCCUGA